AUGAUCCUGAGGGCAGGGCUGGAGCGGCUCAGUUUCAGCCCCUCGGGUGCGAGCAUGACUGCGCAGCUUUAUAUAGCUCUGCCGGCCCUAUAUAAGAAGGUGCCCUGGCCAACGGGAGCAGGGAGAGCACUGUGGUGGCGGUGCUGGAGGUCACCGUCAGUCAGAAGAGCCUGCACACGGUUCAGGUCCGUGCACCUUCCUUCCCCGAGCAGGAGGGUCCCCACAGGGGUGGCCCAAAUCAUAGCUGCCAGGAUGCCCAGCAGAACAGCCCGCUAUGCCCGCUACAGCCCAAGGCAGCGGCGCCGGAGGCUCCUGGCUGAUCGCAGCGUGCGCUUCCCGAAUGACGUCCUGUUCUUGGACCACAUCCGCCAGGGCGACCUGGAGCAGGUGGGGCGCUUCAUCCGGACUCGGAAAGUCUCUCUGGACACCAUCUACCCCUCAGGCCUGGCGGCCCUUCACGAAGCAGUGCUUUCUGGAAACCUCGAGUGUGUGAAGCUGCUAGUCAAAUAUGGGGCAGACAUUCAUCAGCGAGACGAGACAGGCUGGACACCCCUGCACAUCGCCUGCAGCGACGGAUACCCUGAUAUAGCCAGGUACCUCAUUUCCCUGGGGGCAGACAGAGAAGCGGCGAACGAUGAUGGAGAUCUGCCUUCAGACCUCAUUGACCCGGAAUUCAAAGACUUGGUGGAGCUAUUCAAAGGGACUAAGAUGGACUGA